AUGCAGUGCAAGUGCGGCCUUUGGUGCGCGUUCCUCGUAUUAUUGGCCGUGUCUGCCGUUUCUGCCACUCAACUUAUCAAAGAUGACUUGAUGGUGGUGAUUCCUACCAGUAUGCCGGCUGACGACGGGCGAAUCGUUGCCGACUACCGCCGGCAGCGCAACGCAACAACCAGGUCGGUUAUCGGCGCUCUCAGGAGAACGACGACGCCGCCACAUCACCGGGCAGGAUCCGGGCCGGUUUCGCCGCUGGACGUGCUGCCGGAUGUCAACGAGUCGUCUAUGCCCCGCGUCAAGAAGAAGAUCAAACACAAGCGGACAUGGGAUGAACCCGAGGCCCAAGGAUCCGAAGUGCGAAACGCCACGUCCAAGCGGCCGGACCGGAUCAAGACCCGUAGGCGGUUGUUGGUGCCGUCCUCGAGCACGGCCAGGGCACUCCGGACUGCGGCCGUGUCGUCACCUCAAGAAGAAUCGUACUACGAUUUUGGCAAAAAGAUCAGACACCCGGCACUGUCGCAGCCGCCGUCCCCGCAGUCCACUGUAGACGGGCUCAACGCGCCGUCGGACUCGGAGACCCGAACGUCAGUCAGGUUGCCGGUGGUCGUCCAGCAAGUGAUGCAGGACGUUACUCCCCGAACCAGAGCCCCCGGACCACCACCACAUAACCGCAACCACAGUACUGUGGCCACGACCAGGCGACCCACGGAGAACUCGGCAGCAGUGGAGUGCUUGUACCCGAGGUUCAGCAGACGGAACAACAAAACGCGGGCGAGGAGGGACGUGCGGUGCUUGACGGAAUCGGAUGGUAGGACCACGAGAAUACUAUCAACUGUCGUCACGUCAGUGUCGGUCAGGGGGAGCCCACAGAAGAGAAACGAUUCGACAGCUGACCUAGGUCGUCAUUCCAUCGACAACCACCGCCCAGACGCCAACAAUGGUGACGACGCGACUGGCGCGUACAACCCCGGACCGCCUACGUCUACAGCGAGUCCGGACUCCGCGGUGUCAGCGUACCCAAAAUACCUCCGAAACCGGUACCGGAACAUAUCGCUGCCCGAAUACUUGGAGAUCACCAAAGUCAACCAGAGACGGUUGAACGGCACGACUGUGGCCGGAGCUGCGUCCAUAGCUCCCACCACGGCCUUCACUACUACCACCACCACCAUUAUCACCACCACCACUACCGCCGCAACGACAGCCACCUCCGCCUUUGCGUCGGCUUCCAGUCCGUCAUCCCCGGAUAAUCCAGUCGAUGGCAUCACCGAAAUGCUGGACGCGUCCACAACCGGCGACCGGUCUUCCACCGACAACCCUCAGCCACCUCCCACCGACUUGCAAGAUUUCAUCUACUUGAACAACGGUACGUCGGAAGCGCCUGCCGACUAUAUCGCCACUGAUGUCACCGCCACGGUUGCCUCCACCGCCCACACCACAACCACAGUCGACGCAGCCGUCGAAGCCCGUCAGAGGAGGCCUCUGCUACAGCGUGGCAACGUCACCAGGCCGUCGGCCGAACACGAUGUGGGUGUAGUGUAUCCAGACGGGCUAGCCACUUCCGUGUACUUUUUAACGUUUUUGGCCAUCGUUCCGUUGGUAUUAGUAAUUGUUUUCGCGUUCAAGCUGGCCAUGCGGCGAAAAAAGAAGAAGGUGUUUGACAGUUCGGAAUAUUCUUCCGAGUACAACCGCAGCCCGCUGGACUUCAACACUAUUACGUCGUCGCCCAUCACCACGAAACUUCCCAGGGUCCCGCAGCACAUCGUGUGGGACGCGGAGAAGACGCCCGCCGUCCCGGUGCCGAUGAGCAACAGCCGUUGGGAGUUCCCCCGGGAAAAGCUGCGGCUCCAGACCAUACUCGGUCAAGGCAAUUUCGGUCAGGUGUGGAAGGCCGAGGCGGACGACAUUAACGGACACGAGGGCCUAACCAGGCUCGUCGCGGUGAAAAUGGUCAAGGAGGACGCGGCGUCUCGGGAGAGAGAAGAUCUGAUCAGAGAACUGAGUAUUAUGCAACAUCUUGGGUCGCAUCCGAACGUCGUCACGUUGCUGGGAUGCUGUACGGAGAAAGAACCGUAUUUACUGAUCAUGGAGUACGUUAUGUACGGAAAACUAUUGGCGUUCCUUAGAGAUCGGCGGACACGAUCGCAUUAUUUUAAUUUUAGCGACUCGACUGCUUCGCUCACGUCUAGAGAUUUAACCAUGUUUGCAUAUUGCGUAGCACGAGGAAUGGAUUUUCUGGUCUCGAAAAAAAUAGUGCACAGGGACUUGGCCGCGAGAAACGUAUUGGUCGACCACAAUAAGUUAUGCAAAAUAGCCGAUUUCGGUAUGUCUCGCAAUGUCCGAGACACCAACCAGAUCUACGAGCAAAGACAUACCAAGGGUGCUUUGCCUAUCCGUUGGAUGGCACCAGAGUCGUUGCACUAUAGUAUAUUCACAUACAAGACUGACGUGUGGAGCUUCGGUGUACUGAUGUGGGAGAUCGUCACUCUAGGUUCAACCCCUUACUGCACGAUGGGCGCCCGCGAAGUAAUGAGACGCGUGCGCGAAGGCUACAGGCUGGACAAACCGGCGCAUUGUCGAUCCGAACUGUUCAGGGUGAUCACCAAGUGUUGGGCGGCCGACCCGUCCAAACGACCCACAUUCGGCGAGCUAAAACAAGAGCUGGGUGCACUCCUGGAAAACCCAGAGUUUGAGGGCAGCUACGUGGACCUAGAGAGUCUCGUCGACGAGUCGGACGGAAAUGCCAAGGACAGACAAUAA